AUGGCAGAAAUGGAGGCCGAUGGAAUCAAUCAAGAAGUAGAAGUGAGUAAUUUCAAGCCACACGACAAUCUCAAAAACGCAAAUAAUCACGAUCCAUUAGAAGAACCCUCGAAUUCUGUUAAUACCAACGGAAUAACUAACCAGUUUAAGAAGAAGAAAGGGCCACUGAAAAAUGAAGGAAUACCAAGAGAACUACUGGGUCUGUGCAUAGAUAUGGACUGGUGUAGAAAGCCCGGUGAAGAUCAUACUAAUGGAUUUAACAUAAAUCACGGGAAAGGCUUGGAUUAUUAUCAUCGUAACAAGGAGGCACCAAAACAUGAUGAAAUCGAGGAUGAUAGUACUCUUGAUUUAAACACUAAUAAACACAAACCUAAGUUUAGAGAUGAUAACCCUAAAUCAAAAUCUCUGGUUGAAACAAGUUCAAAAAAUAGACAAGAACUACAAAAGAGAAAUAACAGUGAGCCCAAGAAGGAAGAAUCAUCUAAGGAAUCGGGUAAAGCUAAUAAAACUAAACCGAAACCUAAUAGAAAUUCAAGGUCUGAAUCACCGAAGGAACCUAAAACAAAAAAGGAUUCUAAUGCAGAACAUAAAGCAGACUCUGAUUCUCCAGAAGGACAAAAUAAAAAGGAUAAAAAGGUUACAGAAGCUAAAAAGGUUGGGGAAGAUCAAAAGGUGAAGAAAUUAAGAGACUCGUUUAUGGCACUGAGCAAGUAUCCGUUCAAUAAAGAAACGAAACUGAAGUCUAAAGAUUGUAUAGUAUUCUGUAAAAUGAAAUCUAACCUUAACCAUACACUAAACGCACUGGAAAACAAUCGAGAUAAGUUUGAGAUGUCCAAUUUUCACCUUUACAAGGGCCUCUUCGUGGUUGAUAAAGUGUCUGAGUCAAAUGAAGUUACAUUCACUUCAGUGAACGAAGUCAAUAAGAAUAUCACCUCUAAAUUUGUCAAAAUAAAUCAGAAAUCGCCAAAACUUAAUAGCACAAACUUAGGGUCCAGCUUAAAGUUUGAAGAGUCGGGAAUGUCAUGCUUCGUGUUUGAAAAUUUAGCACUGUACUGGUCUGGGAGUAGUGUUUUGAUGUGUUUGCUUCUUAAAAAGGUAGAAGAAGGAGUUUAUACAUUUAAUUAUAAGAGCAAAAAUGAUACUGGGAAGUCAUUAAACUCUAAAAAAGCAGUUAGAAUGUGUUGUAACAUCUCAGCGAGAGAUCCGAAGAAGUUUAAAAAUGAUGAAACAGUAGAGCCAUCACCCUGCCCGAAUAAAGAUUACUGGUGUAUAAUAUUUGAGAUCAUAGAGGACGUGGUGAACCCGUUUCUUUUCAGAGUUACAGAGCCGAACUUAAUUAGGCCCUACAAUUCACUGUUAUUCAAGAAAAAUCGCACAAUAAAUAAGAUUUUAAGAAACAUCAUAAUGUGUAGUUUGAAUAUGACUGUUCCAGAAGGUGAGGAAAAGCUAAUUGAUGAAUUGACUGAAUUAAAGGUGCAAUUCUGCAAUGUGGAUAAAGAAAAGCCUCAGACAUUUGAUAACUCAAAUUGUUUAACAUGCCUCCUGAUAGUCCAGUUCCUGACUUCAAAUUCGCAGUAUUACCCCUCUAAGCCGAAGACGCCCUCUAGAGUUAAGUCGAGUAAUAGUUACGUGAGCUUUAAGGUGUUAGAUAUACUAAACCAGAAACCAAUUGAGAAGGAUAAAAGUGAGAAUAAAACGGAAGAGAAGCUCACGCCAAAACUAACAAUGACGAAAAGGGUGAUGAAUGAAAAUGCUUCUACAGAGGAAAUUAGCGAAGAUAAUGUGGAGGAUGGGUUGUUUGUAGAUUCAAUACAUAGAAUAACUAGAAGAAUGAUAAAGGAACUGAAGUCCUCAGAUACAACACCAGAUUACCCCGAUAUUAAAAAAGUUAAAUCUGACAAUAUCCAGAAGAGACCGUUAUCAAAUAUUUCUUCUGAAGAUAAGGAAGAUGAAGACGAACAACCAAAGAAGAAAAAAACUUUAUCUCAAUCAAUUCAAGCCGUACAACCAGCACCAACCACCCAGAUAACAAAAUUAGAAAGAAUAACAACUGUAGUACAAAAACUGGUACAAAUCACAGAUAUCCCUUCAGGAUUCCAGAUUUUAGGGUACCUUAUCAAGUAUUCGCCAAUAGAUAAGGACCCAAUGAAUAAGAAGGGAAGAGAAUGGAAGUACGGAGUAGUCAAGUACUGGGAUCCGAAGUAUAAGUCAUUUUUCAUACAUUCACUGAAAGAAGAAGUGAUGAAAGCAGGAUCUGAGGUGCAAAUGUUCCUCAAACUUCUAGAAAAUACCGAGAAUAAGUAUUCAGAGGCAGUAACCUGGAUUCAUUCCCAGGCGUACUUUCUAGUACAAAUAGGAGAACAUCCAGUUUUUAACCGCACGAGAAAAAUAACGCCAACUGUCAGAAAAAAUGAACAAACUGAAGAAACAACACCAAUAUGUAAAGUGUGUAACAAAAAAAUAUUACUAAUGAGAAGAGAUUUUGCAAAUAUUUCCAAUAAUACAAAUUUUGAAGCAAACUUUGAUGAAAAAAUCCUUUUGCGUGAUUUCAUUGAUGAGUUGCAAACUACAUACGACUGUCCAAACUAUUUGUUUAGAAACCCAACACAUUCAACAGUGCUGGCAUUGAGAGAAUUGGAACAAAUAGGUUUCAAAAGAAUAAUUCGGAUCCUUGAGGCGAACCUGGACAUAACCAAGAUAAUACUAGGAGAUUACCGAAGAGAACUGAUACUCCUGUACAAUAAAACGGCGUUAUACCUGUGCAUUAAAGUAAUCUGGUGGUUUAGAAAACAUUGUAACAUAAAAGAUUCAUUGAGUUCAAAGUCGCCAUUGAAUCUUAUAUACUGGGGUUUCAAGUGUGUGACAUGUGGAAACCAUUAUCACUCAAAGUGUUUAAUGUAUCAACAUUUGAGGAAAACGACGCCAGAUUUAAGUAAAGAGAACGUAAUUAACAGAGCAAAUAAACACAGAACAUUUUGCAAAAACUUCAGAGUGGCAACGAGCAUGAGGACAUCCUACUACUCAAAUGAGAACCUCUAUGACACAACAGACUUUAAAAUGGACAUAGACAACGAUUUCGGGAAAACUUACUUGGGAGAUAUCACUGACGAGGAAGUUGAAAGUUGGUUAAAUGAAAGUGAAACAGAUGAGGAAUAUGUGGUCAAAACCAAAACACGAAAUUCUCAAUUAGAAGAUAAUAAUAUGAAGAUAACAAAAAAUGAAAAUGGGGAGAAAGAAGAUUUGAAGGAACACUAUGUGUAUUAUCCAUUUUUAGACUCAACAGUGGACCAUAAUGAGUGGAAUUGUCCGGAAUGCAGAACGUGCAUGUACUGCUGUGAACCAAUAAGAGGAAGAAGUUAUAUCAGUAGAUUAAACUACUGUUUCGGGUGCGCAGAUACGUCAAUGAAGUCAUACAAACAGUUCCCACCAUGCUUUGAGCAAAAAGUAGAUCAGUUACAGAGAAAUUGUCUGCAAACGGAAAAGGUAAAGGAUGUUGUAUGUGUGUCAUGUAGCACUUCAGCACACAGAUCCUGUUGUUACCCGAUGGUUCCAAACCUACUCUUCAUAGAGUCAUGGAAGUGCGAUUACUGUACACAGUGUAUCUCGUGUGGAUAUAGAGAUAUCACCUGUGCAGAUUACUUGAACUGGGGACUGUUCUUUUUCUUCUGCCUAAAGUGCUGGGAACUGUUGGAGAGGUCCAACUACUGUGGAAUUUGCUAUAAGGUCUGGACUAACUUCGAUACCAGCUCCCAGAAGUGGGUCCAGUGUGAAGGCUGCAAGCUGUGGAUACACAUAGAAUGUGAUGACCUGGCGAGACUGAUCACGGACUGCCCAUCGUCGAGAAAUCAGAAUUAUAGAUGCCUUAUUUGUAGAUCAGAGGAUAAGAUGUUCAGGUGUACAAAAGCUCUUGAACAGAUAUUUAUCGUAGAUAAACUUAACCAGUUUAGAUACCCAGUCUCACCAACUUUCGUAACAUACUGGAGACUAGUAACCAAACCCAUGAACUUAGUCACACUAUUCACCAAGUUGGAGAGUGGUAAGUAUAAGUCGGUGUACGAGUUUAUAUUUGAUGUGUUUCUGAUACCGUAUAACGCGAAGAUGGUAAACAUGCCGAACACGAAGAUAUACAAGUUCGCAAUCAUAUUCGAGAGAAAGUGCAGACAGAUAGUGUCCAGCAUAAUGCAAAUAACGGAUUCUGAAAUUACAAUGAUCAUGGAUAACGGAACAUCGGGAGGAAAUGUGAUAUCAAGAGAGAAGAAAUUGAUGACCACAGAAUCACCAGAACAGGUGCAAACUGAUAUGAUACAGGAAGUAAGUGAAUUGGAAAAAGAAGCUGAAGAAGAACCAGUAGUUGCUAUCAGGAGUGAGAAGAUGCCAGAAGCUGUUGGUAAACAAGAAGGACAGAAAAUGACAAACACAUUCUCAGAAUUGAAGAGAAAAGUGGUCAAAUUCAAUUUAACAUUUGAGUACCUUCUGUCUUGUAUAUUGAACAUGGAUGUCAAUCUCCAGGAUAACUCUGACAAUAACACAUGUAUGGACAUGACGGCAAUGAGGAACAUAUUGCCACAAUUUGGUUCAGCAAGUUACGAAGGUGUGCCGCCAAUAAGUUUUACGGAGAUAUCUAAGCUAUUACAUCCGCAUGUGCCAUGCGGGCUAGUUUUCUCAGUAGUCUCAGUGGCGUCAGUUGUGGCACCCAAGUUCAUGUUCCCGCCAACGUUCAGUAGCAGUGAGGAUUUCGAGAAGUUGGUUAAAUCAAAGAAGCUGAUAAUGUUGAAUAAGAAUAAGUCUAAAAAUCCAUACCUGUUGUCACUGAUAAAGUGCAGGGGGAAGAAGUUGGGCGAGUUUUAUCUGGACACCCAAGAACAGCUGGAUCAAAUGUCUAAAAUACUGUUUAAAUGUGGUUUUAUAAAGGAACUAGAUGCGUGCGUAAUAUGUGGGUCAACUGCAUUUCAGAGUUACUUGAUGUACUGUGAAAAUUGCGCAGAGCCAAUGCACUAUUACUGUGCAGGAUACAUAUUCCCACCAGGAUACCUUAAGUACAACAAGCUUAAGUGCGCAUUGUGCUCAAAAUGUGAAAGAUGUGAACUCGAAAUCCAGUCAAAUCAUCCGUACGAACUUUCGAAUGUGAUGGAUUACAAGUUCGGAGAAGCAUUGGGUUUGAUACCGACGGUGAUCACAAACAUAGUGUUACACUCAGCUCAAGUGAUAGCAGACGCAGCAAAUACUAUGAUGGCUCAAACGAACCAGAAUAAGGAAAACUAUGAAUUCCAUAACCUUGCAAUGAAGUAUGGCACUUUUCUGGAUGGAAGGUUCAUGGUGACACAUACAGGGCAUAUAUCAAUGAACUUGGAGAAGGAACUACAAGAGAAGAUUUAUCACCCUCUGAACUCAGUCAAGUGUGUAUCAUGUGGGAAAUCAACACAUCUAAACUGCAUUAGAAUAGUCAGACCACCAAAACCUAAUGUACUAGACAAGUUAAAUGAAAACAACCCAGGAGAAUCUGGUGAUAGUAAUAAUGGUAAUUUUAUUGGAGGUAGAGCAGAACAUGACCCAACGUACACGUAUGGCACCGAAGAACAGGAUCCUGAGUCUAGAUAUGGUCAUGGGGAACAAGACCCGAAUCAUUAUUUGGAGACAAUGAAAUGCAUUAGAAACAACCUUAAAAGUAUAGAAAUGAGACUAAAACAGGGUUUAUUGGAUUCAGAGAAUGCUAAUGUGGUUAAAGUUGGUGAAGAACAUAAAAGAAAUGAUUCAAAUACAAACCAUUUAAGGACGGCACUUAGGAACCUGUCAGUUUGUAUGGAUAUCAUGAAGAAUCUGAAUGUCCAUGUUUCUGCAGAAAAAUUAGAAGAUUCAGUGAAAGAUCACUCUAAGGAUUCCAAGCCUCAAAUUGACCCUAAACAUAACAAUUUGUCAAAUUAUUACCAAAAGAAAUUUUUUGACCGUAAAAUAGUUUCAGGAGGGUUUGACACUGCUAACACAACUCACUAUUCUUCGAAAGUUGCAUUAAAAAACACCGCAAAAGAAUCAUUAUCCGACUAUUACAGCACAUACGUGCCCAGAGAAGAUGAGAACAUGUAUUACACUGGCACUACAGUUCCUUUGUAUAACCAAUUUGAUAACAGAGUUAGAAAUCAUUGGGAAGUUGGAAACUCUAAUGAGGGACAGAAAAUGGGAUUCACAUUUGAGGGCAUGGCCACAUACGAAGAUUUGAGUACAACACUGGGAGAAGAUAAAGGUUUUACUAACGUGGACUUAAGACGUCUGAGUGAUAGUUUACUAAACCCAGUUGAAGAAAAUCGAAUAACAGAGCCAAGAACAGUAUCAGAGUGCACAAACUCGUCAUUCUUCUCAUACGCAGAAAUAUUGAAAGCAUUUGAAGAAAACACACAAGAAGAACAGUCGAAGAAGGAAGAAGAAGAUGUGGACAUAGAUGAGUUCAACUUACCACUGAACUUGGGUUGGGAGUUUGACGGCUCAGGAGUGUUCUCGUGCAGUAAGAACUGCUCAAAGAAGUAUCAUAACCUGAAUAAUUUAAGGUUUCCACAGGAGUCUUUGUACUCCAAUUCACUACUGAAACAGUUUGACGCUCUACAGGAAUACUACAAGUUGAUGGAAGUAGACCCUGUAACACCGAAAUAUCACCUGAAAAAGAUUAAGAGUAAUUUUAAUUUUGACGAUGAUUUUGAGGACAGAUUAAAUGGAAGUGAAGGGUUAUCAGAAGUAAGAGUGACAAACAGAUGUAUAAUGUGUGGAAAGUUGGUUAAAAACAUCAUUAGCACUGAGAAUAAGGAAGAGCAGGAUGGCACUUCUGAAGUAGUAAUGUACUCUCUGCCCCAGACGACAGGAGUGUGGGCAUUGUGUGUAGCAUGUGAAGCCUAUAGUAAAUAUCUCGAAAAUCUGUGUAAAGAAGUUUCAGGUACAAAAGGUGAAAAAACAGUAAAGAUGGAAAAGGUGGGAAAUAUGGCACUGGACACUAUGACCUCAAAUGACUUUCUCUCAAUAAUUGAAUCGGCAAGAAAUUGGAUCCUAACAAGUCAGCACUCGAUUAACUAUAUCACAACAGUGUUGGAUGCACUGUGUCCGAAUAUGUUUGAAAACAUAGUCCUCAGAGGAAUUGUAUAUGAUUUUCUAAUCGAUGGAGAUCACUCUGAAAUAUAUCCUCACCUCUACAAUACCUUCAUUAAGUCGCCAAUGACACCAGUUUUGUUCACAGAAUCCAAAGACUCACUAAUGAAACAUCAAGUGUCGAAUAGUUCAAGUGAUACUGAUUUGAAGAAUAAUAUGGUCAUUGAGAUGAAUAAUGAGUUGAGUGAAAAAACUGAAGAUGCCCUUGUGGAAUCUAAAACCGAUGGCGUAGAAUUAGCUUUGGAACCAUAUUCUGGCGUGGAAGAAGAAAAAAUGGAUAAGAAGAAGAUCUUAUCGAAAACUUCAUACCAAGUUAUGAUUUCAAAAUAUACACAAUACGUGGUGAGAUCAACGAGGUUCUUCGGGGUGUAUAAGGAAUUAUUAUCAUAUAAGGUUUUAUUGAGGAAGUUGGGAUUUUUGGGUGAAAGCAAUGUGUACUAUGAAUACAGCGCAAAGGCAGCAGAGUUUUUGUCAACUAAGCUGAAGAAACUGUUCCAUCAAGUGAUAAAUGGAGAAGUGCAAAGGGACGAAGUGUCGGGUAGGUUGAACCAAAAGUACCCAUACAUGAGGAAACAUCUGGCAUACCUGAUAUUCAACGGAGAUAUAAAUUUGUAUAAAGGUUUGAAAACUGGAGAAAACUUUGACAAGUUUACAGAUUAUGUCAAUUUGGAGAAGAGCACAACAUCGCCAGCGUGGUUCUUAGGGAAAAUCGGAUAUGAAGCCGAAGGAAUACUGAAACUACUCCAAGAAUUUGUAAAGUUCGCAAACAUAAGUGCUAAGAAGAAUAGGGAAUUGCCAGUAAAGAGAAAUAACUUUUAUAAAAAGUUGUUUAUGCAGCAGAAACCAUUUCAGAACAGGAUGGGGACGUCUGAGGCUACAAAGUCAAACGAAGAUUUGUUUUAUUCAGAAUUUGCAAAGAAAUCAAGUUCUCAAUUAACAAUAACAAACUUAUGUGAUAGCCUGAAGGUAGCAAUGGAAAAAUUGUCGUCAGAGUCGAAAAUGGAAGAUUUGGAGGAUUACCUGACGAAACUGAUUGGUUCCUCAUACUUGGUAGACUUGGUGUCAUCAAGAGCAAUAACAGGAGAUUUGGUAAUAAAGGAAGUAAUGGAUUCUGAUAAGUUUUAUACAGAGUUUACCGAUUCUGAAGAUAAAGUAAUUAAACCUCCACUAUCAAAUCACCUGAGAUCAAAACAGCAAAACAUGUAUUCAGCCUCACAUUAUAGUAGAAAUGUUAGAAAUCAAGAACAAAAGAGAUUGGAAUCAUGUUGUUUGUGCGGAGUAGGAGAAAACACAUUGUUAAGAGGGUGUUUAGUGCCAUGGAGGAAUGGAUUUAUCCAUUCUGAAUGUAUACUCUGGUCACUCAAGGAUGUGUAUUGCCCAAGAACAUAUAAUUAUAAUUAUGAUAACCUUUACACACUGUUCGAGUUCAGUGAAAAUUCACAGAUGGAGAAUGCGUAUAAGAAAAAGAAUAACAUUGUCCCAGCUGUUAAUUUCCAACAACCAAAAUAUGCAGAUGAGACAGGGAGUGAGGGAAGUGAAAAUUCAGAAGAUCAAGGUGUGUUGGAUUUGGAUGAUGAAACUGAGGAUUCAAGACGUCAGUCAGAAUUUGAUGAUAACGGGACUGAAUACAUUGAUGAAUCAGAUAAAGAUGAAAUUGUGGUACAAAGUGCUCAGUCUGGGGUUACAGUAGGAAAUGCUAAGUCUGAAACUAUAGAACAAGGUAGUAAACCGGAUGCUACUGUUGAAACUGGUAAACCGGAUGCUACUGUUGAAACUGGUAAACCGGAUGCUACUGUUGAAACUGGUAAACCGGAUGUUACUGUUGAAACUGGUAAACCGGAUGCUACUGUUGAAACUGGUAAACUGGAUGUUAGAGUUGAAACUGAUAAAGCGGAACCCGUGGUAGAAACUGGGAAGCCUGAGGUUACAUCUGGACCUGUAAAAACGGACCACCCAGUAGUUAACACGGUCAGGUUUCAGGAUGAUCAGAAUAAGCCUAUGGUGACAUUUGCACCUACUAACGUCACUAAUGGUUUUGUUAAGCCUGAGUUAACUUUUGGAUCAGGCGAAACAAGGGAAGAUGGGAAUGCUCGAGUUGAAGGAGUUGAAGUUGAUGAUGAAAAUAGGGUAUUUGCAGAAAGAGUGCCAGAACAGGCUAAUAUAAACUUGAUGUACAUGCCGGUGUUACCACCGGUUCAUGUCCCAGACUCGCUAGUGGAAAUGAUAUAUAAGGCUUCAAGGUUAACAACAUGCCAGUGGUGUAAUAUGAAAGGAGCGACAGUAACAUGUGCAGGGUAUAACUGUAAAAUAUCAUUUCACCUUUGUUGUGCACUAGUGGCAUCAAGUAAGCUAGUGCAUAGUAUGCUGGAAAGAGAUAACCCGGAAGAUGAGUUCCAAGUUAAAGUGUUCCCAAUAAAGAUGUUUUAUACGAGAAGGAAGGUUUGGUGUGCAGCAUGUUUUGAGUUUAUAACAGAGAAUGUCAAGUCGUAUCACAUUAAAAGCCUAAUGAACCAGAAGAAGAGUGAUAUAAAGUCCUUUUUAUGUUUGGAGGGAUUGUCACCAAAUGCAGCAAGAAUAGUCUUUAGACAGACGUUACAGUCAGUAAGAAUAGUGCCAAGAACAUUAGAUUACAAGAAGCUGGAAAUAUUCAUGUCAUGGACAAGCUCAACAUAUAAAAUAGUAAAAUCUGCGUAUAACCAGACGAUGUAUAAUCAUCAACUGGAACCUGAAGUCUCGAAUUUCAUUUCAGAUAUCUUUAAGCCAGACCCACUGCCGGAUAGCCCAAACAAGAUUAACACCGAUUAUGAUUACAAAAAUAAGUACUUUUUGUACGGAUCAGAUAAACAUGCCACAUCAGUGUUUUCAGUAAAGGUGCCCUUUUUAUGGUAUGAUGAAGCAGUGACACAUAACUUAUGGAGAAUUGGAACACUGGCCAUAAUUAACAUUGGUGAUGCAUUAAUGCAGGAUAGGAGUGGGACACUGUAUCCAAUUGGGUUUACAUCAGUGAAAAGGUUCUGGAACACUAAUUACUUUAGGCAGAAAAAUGAGGAAGCUCAGGCUAACUUAAAUUACUUUGAAAGACAGAAGAAAUAUUUUACAAAUUCCCAUGCACCAGAUGAUACUGCUGGAUGCUCAAAUGGUUUGACGGGCAAUCAUAAAUCUUGUUUGGAUCAGCUGUUUUUAAAUCAUAAUUCAUCAUUUAACACGGCAUUUGACCAUAGAAAGCACAUGGGCCACGCAACAAGGAGUUAUUACCUCUUUUGCAUAAGAUCACUAGGUGGAGAACCUUUCUUCACAAUUGACCUCAUAUCUGAUCCUAAUUCACAGUAUCCAAAUCUUAGACUGUGCCAAGGAAGAGAUUUAACCAAAACUUACAAUGCAUUUAAGGAUAUAAUAAAUGCUAGAACGUUGGAUAUACCCCCAGAAACAUUUUUCGGACUUAACCUACACAUUGUACUACAGCAAAUUAGAUUUGAUCUCUGCUGUACAACGAUGCACAGAACCACUCAAUUCUGCAAAAUCGCUGCAUUCAAACAAUCAGUCCUAGGUUCAAGGAUUUCGAAUUUUGACGUGAAUUUGAGGUUGGGAGAGCCGACAGUUAGUUUGCCGUAUAAGUUAAACAGGACAGUAAUGUUGGAGCAUUUAUCGAAAGAUUUAAGAGAAAGAGAGCAAACGGAUCCUGAGCUGAUUGACGUGAGAAAUAAUAGAAGCAGAACUAGGAAGCAAUAUGACUUGUCAAACUCUUCAACUCAGUAUAGAUACCUGUUAUCAAUACCACCUGAAAGCAGACUUGAUGUCAAACCCUCAGUGAUUCACGGCCUAGGGUUAUUCGCAACUGAGAGCAUACCAGCAGGAGAACCAGUGGUAGAAUACGUUGGAGAAUUGAUAAGAGAUGUGGUUGGCGAUCAGAGAGAAGAACUGUACUCUGAAGGUCAAGGAGGAGACGGCUCCUGUUACAUGUUCAGACUUGAUGACCAAUACAUCGUCGACGCCACCAGAAAGGGAAAUAUGUCCAGAUUUAUUAAUCACAGUUGCGAUCCGAAUUGUUUAUGUCGCAUAAUAACGUGUGAGAAUGGAAUGAAGCACAUUGUAGUGUUUGCAAAAUCAGAACUGAGUCCAGGAGACGAAGUUACAUACGAUUAUCAGUUUGGUGUUGAAUCGGAAACCAGAAAACUAAUGUGCUUGUGCGGAGCACCUAAUUGCUUAGGAAGAAUGAACUGA